UGCGAUGCAUUUCAGAGCCGUACACUCACGAUCAUCGUUGCAGGCGACGAUGGCCGGUCAUCGACAAUCGCUGGCAGCGGCUUCUCUGAAGCUCCCAGCUCUUCUGCUUCUGUUGAUCUUCAGCUUGAACUGGGGGCAUGCCGUCGCGCACUUCGAUCCUGCAAACAUGACGGAACUGCAGAAACAUGUCUCCUUUUUCGACCGCAACAAGGAUGGCUUCAUCACUCCUGUGGAAACCAUCCAAGGGUUUGUUGCAAUCGGUUGCGAGUAUGCAUUUGCUACUGCUGCCUCAGCCUCCAUUCAUGGUGCCCUUGCUCCUCAAACAACCCCGGCUGGUACACCACUGCCUCACUUGACAAUAUACGUGGAGAAUAUCCACAAAGCUAUGCAUGGAAGUGAUUCGGGUGUAUACGAUCCUAAAGGAAGGUUUCUUCCCCAAAAGUUUGAGGAAUUAUUCAAAACAUAUGCAAUACUCCGACCAGAUGCGUUGACACUUGCAGAGAUGCAUGCGAUGCUCUUUGCUAAACGAGAUCUAGACCCGAUAUCAUGGGCGCCACCCGAGAUAGAGUGGGGGCUAUUAUUCACGCUUGCAAGCGAUUGGCUUGGAUUUCUUCACAAGGACAGUGUUAGAGGUAUAUACGAUGGAAGCGUGUUUACCAAGUUGGAGAAGAAAUGGCACCCUUCUCAAAGUGAUAUAUGAUGAACUUGAUGUAAUGUGGGACCCACAUACAAGCGACGGAGAAGGCCCAAUUCGUCCACACCAGGAGUCCAUGCCACUGCAAGCAACCACCAAAUUUGAAAUACGUAUUGUAUCUCUAGUUACCGUAUUUAAUACCCCCCUCCAUCUCAAAAUAAGUGUCUUAACUCUAAUACUACUUUAUAUUAAAGUUAGUACAAAGUUGAGACAUUUAUUUUGGGAUGGAGGGAGUAUUAGUUUAGAGUAAGGGUUUGGAUAUGGAAAGGUUCGUCCCGAAGAAGGUUUUCCUACUAUCUCCAAAUUCAACUAGAGUUUUUUCUUUUCCUCCAAGUUGUAAUUUGCUUUAUAAGCCCUCCAGAGUCGAUCAAUACGAUCACACAAGUUGAAUA